AGGCUACGUGCAGGCUUAGGAACUUUUUCAGCAUCCUUUUUCAGCGACAGCACGAAUUUAUAAUUCGUAGAUUAGAGCAGGGCAUGUUCAGUAGAGUUAGAAGAAUAGCAAGCAGCAAUAAGAACAAGGAAAUUUCUUGAACUUCUAGCACCAGACAUAAUCUACUCCUCUCCCAAUCUCAAAGAAGUCUGAGUCUCACCAUGUCGUCUGCCGCAGCGAGAAAACGUAUGUUGUUGUCCGCCCUGUCCGGCGGGCCCCCGGAAAAGAAGCAAGCGACCGGGAGUAUCAUUAGUGGCGUUCGGACUGGAACCACGACGGCGUCCAGUUCCUCCACUGCAUCGAGUCGACAGCCCACGCAGCGCGAAACCGGCAAAGUCGAGUCCUACGACAAACAGAAGGGAUUUGGAUUCAUUAUUUCCGACAAUCCCCCCGAGGGUGCGCCGGCGAAAGUUUUCGUCUACCACUCGCACAUCAAAACGACAGGCGGUUUCCGGUACCUGAAAGAAGGGGCGGAGGUUUCGUUUUUGCGGGGACAAGACAAGGAGCGCGACAACUUACCGUGCUGUUUGGACGUGAGGCAUAAGGACGGGAAAAGUCUGAUUGAUAACGACGAGGGAAAAGGUACUUGUUUUUCUAACUUGAUGUGAAUUAGUACGUUGAGCGUAUUUAAAGGUAGUAUCAAAACAAAGGGAUGUGAAUUUUGCGGAUGAAAAUUUAUUGGCAAUUCCAAGAACCACAGUUCGAAAUCAAAAACAGUCGAGCGCAAGCAGAUGUCGUUUGCGAUGCAGAACUGGCAGAAUGUUUUUCAGAAGUAUCCGACCAUGAAGUUGGAGACCUAUUACGACCGCAUGCCGUCCAACGUGCAGUACCAUGACGACUCGAUCGAAAACGUAAACAUCCAGUACUUGGGGUCCCUGUUCGGACUUUACAAAGCCCGGUUUGGUGGCGACGCGGUGAAGUUUCUCAAAGACCGGUUUGCGCCAUCGGUAUCAAGUUGUUGCUUGCCACGUCUGUUGGGUCGUUGCCGUGAAUAGUUGCAGCUUGUUUAUUUCUCCUCGUCAUUUUACCCCAAUUUUCGCCGCUAUGAAAUGGUAGGAAAACGCUAUCUUGAGCUACUAUUUUUAUAUCUCCCACAACACAGAUCGACAUCCGGGACCCGGAUGAGUUUGAAGUUCCGGAGCUUUUUGGCGAAGCGGCCGAGAGCUGCGAGAAGGAGUACCUCCCACGGUCUGUAGCGAAGCGAAACGGCGACGGCGCGGAGUACGCCCAUCUGCUGUUCCAGCACGUGACGCUGGAGGGACGUCCCUUCGUGAACCUGCACACCUCGCACAUUGGGAGUUGCGUCGUGCUCGCGUGCGACGGGCUGGGCAGAGCCUUGCGUUUGAACGAGCCCCACCUCGCCACCCCGCUGACCAUGCGCGGCAGCAAGUUCGAACUAGAAGCCGGGAAGGAAGGGAGGAACUUGCAGUACAUCAAAACGGGAUUCCAUCCCGACGGGGGCCAAGCAAGCACCGAAUGCAAGUAUACUCGUGAAGAGCGCAAGCCUGUCCAUCCAUCCAGGACAGGCCCUGGAUUGGAGGGGCGACGCUUCGCUCGCCGUGUUACAACAGCCACAACCUAUGUUGACAUCAACUACUUCACGACCUCGCGAGGACCGCUUAGAAUUUCGACCUAAAUCAUGUUUUAACAUCACAGGCUGCCCUCGCACAGGGUGUUUGGCGCGCGUGCGUUUAAGAAGGCGGACCCGGGGCUGCGGUUGGAGCACGCACCGGAGACGAAGCACUGCCGCACCUGGGCCCUGAAGUCGGUGGACAUGGUGGCGCGCAACACCUCGCGGUCCUUUCCCCCCAACCGCCCGACCUUCGACUACUUUGUGCUGCUCAUGAGUCCGGAGCUGUACAAGUGGUUCUCCGAUGACCAGCAAAUUAUCGACGAGGCGCUGCAGGCAAUGAAGCGCGGACGGUCCCACGGAGAGGUAAACGAUCAUGAUUUAGUUAAUGCCUGUGCAUGCAUUUUGAUAUUCAGAUUUCUAAGCUUUGAUGCGGCACAAACAUGAUACCAGCAGAAGUGCCUCUGAUGGUCCUCUUCAUCUUUCUGCAUUGCUGAUAGUUACUUAUCGAAUGCAUUUUCUGUUUGCAGGGUCUGUCUGACUCCUGCGCGAAGGGGGUACUGCGGGAAGCGUUGAAGAAAGGCGCACCGGUAUCCUGAGUAAAAACGUCCCCAUACCAGAGUCAACGUGGAAAAUCUGCUAGACAAAUCGGCCACCUUUGGUUGUCUCGCAUGACAAGUUUGUCCUCGUAGUGUAAUCCUGUUUAGCUAGUUCAGCAGCAUCACAGAUCUAGAGCGUCAUGCUAUUUCUAGCAUCACAAAUCCCAAAACACGACUGGAAAAAGCUUCUCAUGGGGCUUCGCAUGAGAAACUUUUUUGGCAUGCAAAUUUGCAUUACGACUCUGGUGUUGAGACGUUUUUACUCAGGAUAACCGGAAACGCUCAGCUGUAUGUGCAUUGUGCCGAUCUGGCAAACGCGAAUGUUGGAGAUGUUCCUGGACAAACUUGGGCAACAGGCAGCGCAGCAAGACGACGAUAUGGACGACAUGUUCGCGCCCUUGAAAUGA